CGAACACUUCUGACACUUGCUUCGCCGCUUUUCGCUCAGUUGUUUUUUCCCGUCAUUGCUCAUUUGUUGUGUGUUUCGCGUGUAAAUUGUCAAGUGGUUUUCGCCGUUUCGUUUUCGUUACAGUCAAGUAUUAUUUUGGUGUUCGACAUUCGCGCAUAUGGUGUUCGCUAAAUAACAAUGAAUUUCUUAGGAAAAUAACGAAGUCACAAUAUAUUUUUGCAUUUUCGCUAAAUUAAGUAAUUAAAGAAAAAACUUGUGUUCCUUUAUUGUCUUAUGGCUGUGCUAUCCUAAAUAAAUAUUUACAUAUUAUCGCCUAUAGUGCACUUAUAUUUGGCUAUACUUGGGCUGUUGUGUGGCAGACUGCCAGCUAGCUACGCGGACAAGAUUGUAUAUAUCGAUUGUUAAAAAAAAAACACACAAAAAUGUUGAGAUGUGGCUUGUGAUUCAGUUGGUGGCCGGAGAACGCAAAAAGUAAUAAUUUGUCGUCGUGUAGAAGUGUGAUAAAAACAGCAAAAAUUUGAUCUUAUGAACCAAUAAAUUGACAAAGUGUCGCUUUUUGUCUUUCGGGUUUGCAUUAAUUGCAAAAUUCAAACGCAAAGAGUAACCAACAAGUAAAGCCAUAUGCGUGUGCUUGUAUAUUUUUGAAUACGACAAGAUAUUAAACAAAUUGCAAAAGUUAAUUUAAUAAAAUACUAAACGUGUGUUCGCAUUUAUUGCCAUUAUUCUUAUUGUUAUUAUUAUUGUUGCUUCUAUGAGCAUACAUAUGUCUGAUUGUUGUUAUGUGUCCGGGGGCAAUCAGAGUGUGAUCACUGGUGUUUGUUGUGCGUGAUGUUGGCAUGAUUGUCAUAUGCAAACAAUUGAAAUAUUCGCGCAUUUAAAAGGUUGCACUAGCAACAACAACAGCAAACCCACACUUUAAUAGCAAAAAUUAAAGUGUACUACUAACGAGAACGACCAAAAACAUAUCAUAUCACAGUGGUGGAGGCAACAGUUGGGGAGCAAAACAAAAACUUGUGGAGCCGCGUAGUCGUAGUUGUCGCCGCCGCAACACCCUCAACGCCGCACCCGCACUACAGAGUGUGUGCGUCAGUUUUACGCAUACGACAUACGCCUUGGACGCAUUGAGGCAAUCGCACUCGCGGCUGACAGAAAGACACAGACGGAGACGCAGACAGCCUGAAGUCAUACGUGUCACCACCGCAGUCGCUGCGCUGCCGCCGUCAACGUCGCCGCUACAGAAGGUGUAUGUGUGCGUAUGUAUGUUUGUCGUGAACGUUCGUUGAACGCUUCGAGGCAAUAAACUCGCUUGCAGUAUUCUACACCACCAAAAAAAAAAACAAAAACACCUCAACGAUAACCGUACACCCGGUCAACGACAACAACAAUAACUUUUGACAAAAACCAAAGCAAUAAUAUCAAAUUAACCAAAAACACAAACAAAAAUUUCAAAAUAUUUUAUAACAAAAUCAGCUAAAAUAUGGUGCAACAACAACGCCUGGCCAUCUCAAUACCAAAUAUUAACAAUCGCAUGCCGCCCAUCUCCUCCGUCGGCGUUAGCACACCCGGUUCGGUGUCGUCAACCACUUCCUCCACAUACAAUGCCAGUCUGUCGACGUCAAUGGACUCGCCGGCUGCGGAAGUAAACAGCGCCGACAUCGGCCUGUUCGUGGAGACACCACUGCAGGAGCUGAGCACCAAUACACGCCUACAAUUGUCGCAACUCUUGAAUUGCCGCAAGAUCUUGCGCUCCGAAGAUGGCUAUGAGCGGGAUUGGCGCGGCGUGGCGGAGUUGGCUGAAGUGCGCAGCUUCUGCAGCAGCAACAAUGAUGAUCCGAUGCGCGCCGUGCUGCGUGAGUGGUGUUCACAUCGGCCGCAGACAGCGACAUUUGCACGGUUGCAACAAUACCUCGGCAUCAUCGAUCGCUGGGAUGUCAGCGAUGACAUUUACGAAAAUAUGGUUGAGGAUGCUAAAAGGUAUGCCAUAAAAUUGCGACAAAAAUCGUUAAUCGCCAGCGAUACAACAGACGCUACAACAUCAACGGCGCUGGCGGCCACAUUUUGGUCAAACCCAACCUCACCGUUCAUACUGGCGGGCAGCAAUGGUGUUAACGGCAACGAUGUUAACAGCAAUGAAAGCGACCCGACUAUGACCAUAUUGACACGUGACGAUGUGAUACUCGCCCAAAAAGGACUGCCGCCACAACAAUAUGACGCAUUCGUGCUAUUCGCCGAUGCGGAUAUUGAACAAGCCGCCGAAAUACAAACCAAAUUCGAAGAAAAUGAAAAAUAUAAUUUUAAGUUAUGCUUCAAGAAUCGUGAUUUACUCGGUGGCGUACCGUUCACGCACGUUGCAUUGACGCAACUGAUCGAGGAGCGUUGCCGCUAUUUACUUGUGAUCUUAACAAAAGAAUUUCUCGAUAGCCCAGAGAAUCAAUUUUUGAUGAAUUACACACACGCGCUGCAAAUACAGAAUAAUACGCGUAAGAUCAUACCGCUUAUUUAUGAGGAUUCGGUUGUUAUACCACGUGCCUUAAAAAUAUACACACACCUCAAGUAUACACCAGUGCCUACUACGCUAUUUGACUUUUGGGCGCGUCUUGGCGACUCAAUACGACGCUCUUACAAUGCCUCAGACCCGUCGCCAUAUGGCCUAAAUGAAGUUGACACCCUGCCCACCGUUAGGCAGCUACCAUCUGACACGAGCUAUACAAGCUUACCAACCCCCCGCACAACAAGCGUAACCAUACCCACCUCACCCAUACCGAGCAUCAAUAUUAACGGACAUGCCUACACACCCGAAGAGGAGGAGGAUGAUGUAUUUCAACAGAAGGAGCUACGUUAUCAUUUCAACAAACGUUCAUCCUUGCGUCAUCACAACAGUGUCUACACUAACAAUCACAACAACAAUCGCAUUAGUCAAGUCGUCAAUGGUUUACGAAAUGCACACUCUACUAGUCAGCUGAAUGCUGGCGUCAAUGUUGACAACACCGUCAGCAUGAGUGAUCUCAGCAUAAGUACGGAGGCGAAGAAGAAAAAGAAGAAACCUAUUAAAGCUGUGCUCAAGCGGGUGUUUAGCCGCAGUAGUCCGAAACUACAACAAACAGCAGAAUAAUAGUAUUGUAUUGUAAUUAAUUGUUUGUUUUUAUUUUUUGCUUAAUUGUAAAUUGACUUUAAGAUUGUAUUUAUAAAUAUCAGAUAUACGAGUAUACUAUAUAUAAUAUUGUUUAGCAAAACCAAUAAAUACGUAACAAAAUGCAAGCAAAAUGGAAAAAAUGUUAUGUUCUUAGUGUAUUGUAUAUUAUUUAUGUAUUAAUUUAAUUAUACGAAUCUGGUUUUAUCUUCGCAACUGUGGCAUAACAAGCAGCCAACACUCACAAAACACAUACAUUAGUAUCGUUGCUGUACACGCUUUCUACUCUAUUCACCCGCUCAAUCAGUUAAAAACCGUAUUUUAAUACAAAAAAGAAAUUUUUGUUUAAAAUGUAAUUAUGCGUUAUUAAUUGUUUUAUAUACAAUAUAGAUUUGUUGUUAAUUGUAAUGUCAAUUGUGACUAGUCGCCAACUUCUACAACGCUUUUAAAAUAUUUCAAAUAUACAUUUAAGCUUUCCAGUGCUCACUACAUAAUUCCUUAGCAACUUGUUGCAUUUCUUACUUCGCUCACAAAUGCUCAUAUACACACAAACAUCAAUAUUUAGCGAUCAAUUUAGCACGCGCAUUCAUGUACAUAUCUGAUAAUUGAAUUUAUAAGAUUCUUUAAACAUAGCUGCACAAAUCAGUGUCAUUUCAAUGAUUAUUUUAACUGUUAAAUUAACUGUUUGAAUAUUGCAAACUUAUUAGCAAGCCAUAAAGUGCUUUAAAAAACCAUUAUUAAGAGUUGUAUUUAUAUAUAUAUAUGUAUACAUAAUCAUAAAGAAUGUACUAUUUUAAGACAACGAAUAAAGACAAUAUGCAAUAUUAUAAAAAACAAACAAAAAAACCCACGCUAUCAUUGCUUUAUUCAAUUAAGAUUCAUAUUUCAAAAUUUGGUUUUGCAACGCACACAAUGCAUUUGUUUAUUAUAGCUUUGGGAACUCAGCGAAAUAAAAAGUAAUGGCUUUAACUAUAAUGUUUUCAUGAAUGAAACUGUAGAAUCUAAAAGGUUUAAUUCGUGUAUCCCCAAUAAAAACUGUUUUUGCAUACAAUAGAUUUUGUUAUGCAAAAUUUACUGUUGAAUUGGUUAAAGCAAAAUGAAUACAUAAAUGAAUUGAUUUAAUGAUGAAAAGGAAAUAACGUUGUGCCACAACUAUCAUUGUCAUAUUUAUUUUGAAUUCCAACAGCAGGAGCACAAUAAAAGCAUACUAAAGGUUUUUCGAUAUAUUAAACGACAAUUACAUACAAUUGCUAAGUUAAGAUUUUUAAUUAAAAUCUGUAAAAAAGCUUGGUGAUAUGAUUAGUGCCACACUGUUUUUACGAACAAAAGACGUCAAGGAGAGUUACUUUAGUACUUUCCUCAACCAAUUAAAAAUAUUUAAACUUAUUAUAUACAAACAUAUGUAACCGCAUUCAUCCGGAACCCAGAAAUAUCACGAUACGCAAGUAUAACUAAAUUCAUGAAGUUUCACUUUCAAUAUUGUGCGAAGCAGAUGAUACACCAUAUUAAUUAACAGAAUCCGAUAUAUUUGCAGCAGCCAAUUAUUGGCACAACUUCUCAAGAUGAUUAAAGCUGUUUCUUCAGUAAAUUACAUAUAUAAAUACUUUACUUUUAUGAAACAACUCAUACGCUUAAAAAAUAUUUACUUAAUAACAAAUUUUG